CAGCAUCCAAUUUUAUAUUUUCCUUUUUUUUUUUCUUGCCUUUGCUUUUUUCUCACUAUGAUAAAAGCCUCAGAAUAAAUCAAUGACUUAGCAACAUCUGUUACAAGUUAGAAGACACAUUGUUUCCUUUUUAGGCUAUUCUUUGAUGGAGAACAACUCUAUCAGUUCUUCAAGAACUGAUAAGAAAACAAUAGAAAGAAAUAGAAGAAAUCAAAUGAAAGCUCUCUGCUCCAAGCUCAAUUCUCUCCUGCCCCAUCAAAGCUCCAGGAAGCCGAUGUCGCUGUCUGAUCAGCUAGAUCAGGCUGCAAAGUAUAUAAAAAAGCUGCAGAUAAAUCUGGAGAAAAUGAGGGAAAGGAAAGAAAGCUUAAUGGGAAGAGAAGAACGGCCGCCGAACUCAUCAAGCGGGAGUAAUGGAGCAACAAUGCGCUUAAGAUAUCCACAAAUUAAGGUUCAUGAAAUUGGUUCAGCUUUAGAGGUUGUUUUGAUAACUGGGUUGGAAACCCAGUUCAUGUUCAAUGAGAUUAUUCGAAUUCUUCAUGAAGAAGGAGCUGAGAUUGUUAAUGCUAGCUUUUCUGUUCUAGAUGAUGUCGUUUUCCACACAAUACACUCCAAGGUUGGAGAUUCUUCCCAUAGUUAUGGAGCUGCAAGGAUUUCUGAGAGGUUAAAGAAGUUUGUCCCAGAUGCUAAUCCAUUUUGAAGUUUGCAGACUUAGCUGUGAAAGUACCAUGAGAAUUAACUAGUACGAUUUCAUUUACAUGUUCUAACUCUCUCCUUAGGAGAAAGUUCUAUAAAAGUAAACUUCUUGUCCCCAACCAUAGUGUUCAAGAACCAGGAAGCUAUUGAUGUGUAUAUUAUUAUUUUAUUUUAGUUUGCAUCCCAUUUUUA